GGAAACACUUGAGUUCAGAGAAAGAGAAACUGAAGUGUAGUUGAGCGGUGUGUUUGUGUCUCUGUAUUCAUGCAGUAAAAUGGCAGAAGCCAGAAUUUCAGUGGAUCAGAGUGAGUUCCUGUGUCAAGUGUGUCUGGAUCUCCUGAAGGAUCCAGUGGCCAUUCCCUGUGGACACAGUUACUGUAAGAUCUGUAUUACAGGCCGCUGGGAUCAGGAGGAUCAGAAGAGAGUCUACAGCUGCCCUCAGUGCAGACAGACCUUCAGUCCAAGACCUGCUUUAGCUAAAAACACCAUUCUGGCUGAAGUGGUGGAGAAACUGAAGAAGAGAAAACGUUCUGCUGACUGUUACGCUGGAGCUGGAGAUGUGCAGUGUGACAUCUGUACUGGAAGAAAACACAAAGCUGUCAAGUCCUGUCUGGUGUGUCUGAACUCUUACUGUCAGAAUCAUCUUGAACAACAUGAGAGUUUCUUUAAAGGAAAGAGACACAAUCUGACUGAUGCCACUGGACGACUCGAGGAGAUGAUCUGCCAGAAACACAAGCUCCUUGAGGUUUUCUGCCGCACUGAUCAGAAGUGUAUAUGUGUGCUAUGUAUGGAUGAACAUAAAAACCACAUUACUGUAUCAGCUGCAGCACAGAGGACAGCGAAACAGCACCAGCUGAAGGAGACGCAGAGGUUGUUCCAGCAGAGGAUCCAGCAGAGAGAGAAAGAUCUUCAGCAGCUGAGAGAGGCUGUGGAGUCUCAUAAGCGCUCUGCACAGACAGCAGUGGAGGACAGUGAGAGAAUCUUCACUAAGCUCAUCCGCUCCAUUGAGAGAAGCCGCUCUGAGGCCACACAGCGGAUCAGAGAUCAGGAAAAGACUGCAGUGAGUCGAGCUGAAGGACGACUGGAGCGACUGGAGCAGGAGAUCAAUGAUCUGAGGAGGAGAGACGCUGAGCUGGAGCAGCUUUCACACACACAGGAUCACAUCCAUUUCCUGCAGAGUUUCCAGUCUCUCUCAGCUCCUCCGGAAUCUACAGACGUAAAUGACGAUCCCUUCAGUUUUCUCUCCUCUUUUGAUGUUGUGAGAGAAUCUGUCUGUCAGCUGAGAGACAAACUGGAGGAUUUCUGCAAAGAGGAGCUCAAGAAGAUCUCUGACAGAGUCACUUUCACCAACAUUGUUCCCAGGACCAGGAAUGACUUCCUACAAUUCACUUCCAACAACAUUGUUCCCAGGACCAGGAACGACUUCCUACAAUAUUCCCAUCAGUUCACUCUGGAUCUGAACACAGUGAAUAAACACCUCCGUCUGUCUGAGAGGAACAAAGCGAUUACUGGUACUAACAAAAAGCAUUCGUAUCCUGAUCAUCCAGACAGAUUUGAUUAUUAUGAUCAGGUGUUGUGUAGAGAGAGUGUGAAUGAUCGACACUGUUACUGGGAGAUUGAGUGGAGUGGUGAUGUGGAUAUAUCAGUGUCAUAUAAGAGCAUCAGCAGGAAGGGACAGGGUCGUGAGUGUGUGUUUGGAUAUAAUGAUCAGUCCUGGAGUUUGUACUGCUCUUCCUCCAAUUACUUAUUCUAUUACAAUAACAGAGAGACUAAACUCCCUGUAAAGUCCAUCAGCAGUAGAAUAGGAGUAUAUGAUGAUGAAGAUGCUGAUGAUGCUGAUGAUGAUGAUGAGGAUGAUUUAGAGUCCAUCAGCAGGAUAAUAGGAGUGUAUGUGGAUCACAGUGCAGGAACUCUGUCCUUCUACAGCGUCUCUGGAGACACAAUGAUCCUCAUCCACACAGUCCAGACCACAUUCACUCAAAUGCUCUAUCCUGGGUUUGGGGUUUAUAAAGGAUCAUCAGUGAAAUUGUGUUGAUGAAUCAGAAUAGAUUGUAGAGAGAUUCUACCCAUAAUGCUUUGCGCUCAUGAUGAAUCAGUAACAGUGAGAUGUUACAGAGUCUCUUAUUUUCUCUUCAUUACAUUAAUACUACAGCUGAACUUCUGUCAGUGAAAUAACAUGUCAGAAUAAAUGUGUGUAAUGAAAAAAAACACAAAAAAAUAAAAUAACCAAAAUAGCUAUAUUGUGAUAUAUCAUUAUUGUUAUCCAGGGCUGCCAAAUGUUUAGCUUAAAGCUUCAGUCCACAGUUAAUAAACAGAACUGCAUGCAUCUUGAGGAAGAACAUUGUAGCCGGAGUUACUUUUCUCCGUGUAUGUCUAUGGCGAGUCACGCAGUUACUGUGAUACUCUGUGG